CAAACAAGGCACACGUUUUGCUGUUUCUGUUUCCAUUUCACUCGACGAUAAGUCUCUUUCGUAGUACAAACACUCACAACUCGACCACAGUUAUUCGCGGACGAGUUAAGAUUUACCACAUCCGCUGUACCUGGUGUAAUUACCUGAGAGCCCACCCAAGACAGAAAACCAUCGUCACACCUCGACUCGCGACUCUGCAGUCAUGGCUCAAAAGACAUACAUCCCACUUGAAAAUAACCCCGAGGUCAUGACAAAACUGGCACAUACUCUAGGCCUCUCUUCGACCCUCGGGUUUCAAGACGCCUACAGUCUUACAGACCCCGACCUCCUCGCCCUCCUGCCCCGUCCGGCCAGCGCGUUGUUGUUCAUCUACCCUUGCACCAACCACUCGGAAACGUACCUUGCCAAAAUCCACGAGGCAGAGCCGGGCUAUCAAGGCUCCGGUCCCGACGAACCCGUCAUGUUCUAUCAUCAGACUAUCCACCAUGCCUGUGGCUUGAUAGGUCUGUUGCACUGCAUCACAAAUGGUUCCGCCGCCGACCUCAUCCAACCCGGAAGUGACCUCGCCAAAUUCGUCCAGGGUGCAUUGCCUCUUCGACCCACCGAGAGGGCUCAGUUCGUGCACGACUCGGACAUUCUCGAAAAGGCUCAUGCUGUGGCGGCGCAAGAGGGUGAUUCGACUGCUCCUCCCUUGGGUGAAGACCCAGGACAUGCCUUCAUAGCCUUUGUCCAAGCCAAAGGUCGACUGUGGGAGUUGGAAGGCCGGAGAAAAGGUCCCGUCGAUCUGGGUCCGCUGGGUGACGAUGAAGAUGUGUUGAGUACAAAAGCCUUGAACAUGGGUCCACUUCCGUUCAUCAAACGCGAAGAGGACGCUGGAAGCGGUACCCUGAAUUUCAGCUGCAUUGUACUUGGACCGAGGAUGGAUGCAUGAUUUGGCUGGCUGGCCCAAACCACCACCAUCACCAAG